AUGAUCAGAAAGCAGAAUAUUGAAAAUAAGAAUGACAGAAAAGAGAUUAAUGGUGAUAGAAUAAAUAGGAAUAUUUUUGAGGAAGAAGAAGAUGAUGAGAUUAUGAAUGAUAUAGAAACAGGGGAUAAUGAUGUUGUAGUGUUAAAUACAGAUGAAGAAGAGGAAGAAGUGAGGAGCGUUAAAGAAGAUGAUAUUAAAGUUAUUGAAGAGGCUCCCAAAGAAGAAGGAAAUGAUGAUAAAAAUAUUAACGCUGUGGAAAAUCCGGAAGUAAUUGUUGUUGAGGAUGAUGAGAUAAUUGUUGAUUUUGUUAAGAUAAAUAAAGAGGAAAGUGUUUUGGGUGAGGAGGAGAAUGUUUUGAUUGAAAAGGAAAUGGAAAAAAGUUUCCAGGAAAGCUUUAUCGAUGCAAAUUUGGAAUUUGGUAAUGUAUCUAUAGAGGAAAAAGUAGCAGAAAUUGUAUUGAAACAUUCAAAUAUGGAAUAUGCCAAAUUAGCUUCAAGUGAAGCAACUUUAGAAAGAAUAAACCAAUCACUUCAACUGAUCAAAAUGUAUGGUCAAGAGAAAGAUAUAUUUGUGGAAUGUGUUCUAAAAAUUGUUCAAUGUGCUUCUGUUGAGGAAAAAGUUAUUGUGCCGCCUUUGCCAAUUACAAAUUCCCUUGAGGGUGAGGGAAGAAAAUAUUUGAAGAAUUGGAGUAUAAAUUUGUUUGAAUUCUAAUAAUUUUUUUGCAAACGAUUAUCAUUUUGAUAAUUUUUCGGCUAAUUUUUCGGCUAAUUUAACAAUGUCUGAACUUAAUUUUCGUUCCUUUUUAGCUUACUUUCUAGCGUAAAUCACCUUGCUUUAAAACAGAAAAUGUUCCUACUUUUCAGUUUUAAAUUUUAGAAUUCAAACAUAUUUAUCUCCAUUUUACUUUUCCUAUUAUUUUUUUCUAUUUUCCGCGUUAAAACCGCCAGAUUUAUUUAGAUCAUUACUUUUUAUUAUACUUAUGUUUUUAAUUUUAGAACCCAUGACUUCUACAAAAGCAGCUCAA